UUAUAAUGGCUUUAGGAUUUAGAGCCGCGGCACAAUUAGCUGGAAUUUCACUAUCUUUGCUGGGAUGGGUUUUAUCCUGUCUUACAAAUUACCUGCCACAUUGGAAAAACCUCAACCUGGACUUAAAUGAAAUGGAAAACUGGACCAUGGGACUCUGGCAGACCUGUGUCAUCCAAGAGGAAGUGGGGAGGCAGUGCAAGGACUUCGAGUCUUUCCUGGCUUUGCCUGCUGAGCUCAGAAUCUCCAGGAUUCUUAUGUUCCUCUCAAACGGGCUGGGGUUCCUGGGCCUGCUGGUCUCGGGAUUUGGCCUGGACUGCUUGAGAAUUGGAGAGAGACAGCAGGAUGUCAAGAAGCGGCUGUUAAUCCUGGGAGGAAUUCUGUCCUGGACAGCAGGCGUCACGGCCCUUGUUCCCGUCUCCUGGGUCGCCCACGUGACGGUCCGGGAGUUCUGGGAUGAGACCAUCCCCAAGAUUGUGCCCAGGUGGGAGUUUGGGGAGGCCCUCUUUAUCGGCUGGUUUGCCGGGUUUUCUCUCCUGCUAGGAGGGUGUCUGCUAAACUGGGCCGCCUGUGGGACCCAGGCUCCCCUGGCUUCCGGCCACUAUGUAGUGGCAGAAACGCAGCCUGACCAUCUACACCUGGAAAUGAAAACCACUCACCCAAAACUCUAA